AUGUGUGGCGCUAAACGCACUAAAGACACCCGGGAAGGAACUUACCCUGCACUCCCCCUCAUUUACACCAUGCGAAAGGGGGAUAAAAAAGGACUGAGUAGUUUCUCGGGCAGCCAACAGUGUUGGAAAAUUUAUGAACACCAGCAGUCACUUAUGGCGAGCCGCUGCUGCCGCCACAACUUCCACGGUGCAGAAGUUGCAUUAUUCGUAUUCAUCUGUCCUUAA